AAUAUGCUCCGCUUUAUUUCCUCUCGUUCAUUAUGUCUCAGAUAGCAGCGACAUCAAAUGAUUCGUGCAUUCAGAGGUCUCUUCAUCUACACGUUUAGGAGAAAGUCCAGUCUUAAUUUGUCACACUAUCAUUUACCAGGAGCUGUCAAAGCAGUUUCCUAGUACAGGCGGCUCUGCGGAUUUUGCAGCCUUUGUUUUUAUUCCUCAUGCACGUGUGCACUGAGCCAAGCACACAGAAGACAGACGUUUGAAAUGUUAGUGGAGAUUAUGAAAGAUUGUCAUUUCGUUCUUUUAUCCAAUUAAAAACAAGAAUAACAGUAAAAAUUACAGUAGCUGACCUUUGGAUUAUUCCGUGGAGAUUAACACGAAAUGUCCACUUUCAUUUACCACUUUAUGAGAGUAUUAUUAUUUUAUUUUUUUCAUAUAACCAAUAAGAAAUGAGCUACGGGGUGAAAUGACUAUCAUAUGUGAGCACCACCCUCCUGAGGUGACAGCAGAGGCUAUAGGACUGUCAGAAUAUUAAGAAUUUACAGGACUAAAAACACAUUUUUAAGAUCGGUGCAGCCAAACAAAAUCCACGGACGCUGUGGGAGACUUCUCACAUGUUUUGGUUGAUUGUAAGAGUCAGUCGUCUUUGAAGGAUAAUUAUAGACAUUGACUGGAUGCAGAAAGCCGUUCUCCAAUGACCUGUCACUCAUCCGACUCCACGGAAAGCAUCGAGAAUGAAAGGAGAUCGCAAACCGAAACCCAAGUCGCGGAGUCCGACCAGAGUCGCAUUGCCACUGCCAUGACAGACCUUAAAAACACUGGCUGGUAUUGGGGCAGCCUUACAGCCAAUGAAGCCAAGGAGAUCCUGCAGGACACGUCGGAGGGCACGUUUUUGGUCCGAGACAGCUCUCAGAGGGACUACCUCUUCACCAUCUCUGCCAUGACAUCUGCGGGACCCACCAACCUGCGUAUCGAAUACAAGGACGGCAAGUUCAAGCUAGACUCCGUGGUGCUGGUCAAACCCAAACUCAAGCAGUUCGACAGCGUCGUCCAUCUCGUGGAGCAUUAUGUGCAGCUGUCACGGACAUCUUGUAAAGGCAGCACUACCCCCAUCGCCCCAUCCAAAGGCACCGUGCAGCUGCUGCUCACGACUCCGGUGUACACGGCCACACCGUCUCUGCAGCAUCUAUGUCGUAUUGCCAUCAAUAAAACCACACGGCGGGUACAAGAACUCCCUUUGCCGAACCGGCUGAAGGAUUACCUGACAGACUACACUUAUAAUGUAUAGAACCAGACGGACAAUGAUGACCAUGAGUGCUGAGGUUCUAUGGAUCAUAGACCCAGUGAUAAUGAGGUGCUGAUGUCCUGUUUAGGAUCUUUUGCCUGGGAUCCCUCAUCUUGUGCCCAAGGACUACUUUAAAAGCAUAGUUCACUGAAAAAAAUUAAAUCUGUCAUUAAUCACUCACCCUCAUGACGUUCCAAACAUGUUUGGCUUUCUUUCUUCUGUGGAACACAAGAAAAUAUGUUCUGUUUUUGUCCAUAUAAUAAAAGUCAAUGGGUUCCAAAAGAACACUGUGCUCCACUGACUUUCAUUGUAUCAACAUCUUUCAAAACAUAUUCCAUUUUCUGUGUUAAGAUUUGGCGCGACA